AUGUAUCGGAAGUUGUCUAAGUUAGAACACUCGGAAAUAAAACAACUUCUUACAGAAGCUAACAUAGAAGUAGCAAAGCAUUACGCAACAAACAAAAAAGCACUCGCUGACAUCCUCAAUGACUAUAAUGGUGCAAUAAGUUAUGAUAGAAUUCAUGAGUUCAUAAAGCCGCAACGCGGCGAGGACGAAGUCCAUGCAAGAGCAUUUCCUUUAAAUGACGUUGCUAUUGACUUAUAUCAUAGACGUUCAGUACCUCAUGAAGUAAGAAGAGAAAUGUUUGACAUAACAAAUGCAAACGUUGGUCAUACUCGUAAAGCUCUUUCGCAUGAUGUUCGUCAAGAGAUGUUUGACAUAACAAAUGCAAACGUUGGUGAAACACGAAAGAGAGACGACACACUGAAACAACAGAGAAGAGAGAUGUUUAAGAGCGCUAUAGAACAAGUUCGCAAAGCUAACGAUGUCAUUCGUUCCAUUGACGACAAACCAAAAGAAGGUGAGAGAUGGUUAAAGAAAGAUGAAGAGAAUAGGAAGAGAAAUGUGAAGUCAGGCAAUAGACUCAUUGACUUUAACAUCGAAGCUUUAGAUGAACCAAACAGAGACUACUUACACAAACAUUUCGGUAAGGUUUUCAUGAGACUCUUAGAGAAGAUUAAAAUAAACUCCCAACAAAGAUGGAUGGUAUGUUAUAAACUUGGUGGAAAGUAUGAAUGUUCUACGUUAAACCUCAAUAAUAUUGGAACAUUACUACAUCAGCUCUUGAAGGAGAACUUUAUAUCAGAGAUAGAAGCAAAUGCUGCAGGUAUUGUUGAAAUGCACUAUGACUUCUUCUUGACAAACAUAAAGAAUCUUACUGAAAUAAAGAUGUAUGAUUUAACUGAAUAUGAAGGCUUAACGAUGUCAGAUGUAAAGAAAGGCAAACCAAAAAAGAGACCAUAUAGAGAUGAAAGCACACUGACAGAAAGACAGAAAAGAUUAUUGAACAGACUUAAACAAACAGGAGAUAAACAAGAUAUAGAUGACUUCUGGAAUGAAAUCCUUGGUGAAAAGAAGUUUUAUAAGAAGAGAAGCGGUCAGUUCUGGAAGUAUCUUUGCACAUUACCUAUAAAUCUUGAACGCUACCAAAUCUUCAAUGAACUGAACAAAAGAACUGCAACACUUAUGACAGAGGACAAUUGUUUCGUUUAUGCUUGCAUUCAGGCUGGAGUAAAUGAAGAAACUAUUGACCACAUGAGAGAAGUCAUUCGUGUUAGAGACUUUCCUCAAAGUAAAGUACAAGAAAUUUCCGAUUCAACAGGUAUAGCAUUCAAUGUUACCAUUGGUUAUUUCAAUGACUCAAGACAUAAUGAAAUAAAGAGAUACAUACCAAAAGAAUGUAAAACUGUUCGAACUAUUGACUUACUUCUUGUUGAAGACCACUACAUGCUAAACGAAAGAUUACCAAUGACAACAUAUUUCAUUCGCAACUAUAUAGAAAUCUUGAAGGAGUGUGGUGGAAUGAACAUUGAAAAACAGAUGAAAAUAUAUACAAUGAGAGAUGAUAAAUACAUUGUUCGCAUGGAUAGAACUACACCGCUAUGGGAUGUUAUGAAAACAUUGUGGGAGUGCAAAUAUUUCGAACCUAUUUCUUAUGGAGAACUUUUCACAUAUACGACUGACUUAUAUAAACAGAACCUUGCACCAUUUAAAGAUUUGACAUAUGCUCCAAAGUAUUGUGUACAACUGAAGAAGAAAGCAGAGUCAAAAGAAGUAAAUAAAAAUAAGUGCAAGUUCAUUCCUGAGCAUGUUUUCUUUGCUGACUUUGAGUGUAGUACCGAUGGCUUUCAUAAAGCUUUUAACAUCUGUUAUGACAGUGAAGAUGGUUCAGUGAGUGAAAGCAUAUGGGGUCAAAACUGUGCAACAGAAUUUUUGGAGCGACUUCCUGACAAGAGUUUAAUAUAUUUCCAUAACCUCAGCUAUGAUAUAAACUUCAUCUUAAGACACAUGACAGAAGUGAAAGGAACUCCCAUCAUUAAAGGUUCACGAACAAUGCAAAUAACUGGUUUAUAUAAAGGAAGGGCAAUUAUUAUAAAAGACUCUUACAGUGUUAUAAAUAAGAAGCUUAAACUAUUUCCUGCUAUGUUUAACUUACAAACAGGACCGAAAGAAGUAUUUCCAUACAACUACUACAGCAGUGUUUUGUUAGCAAAUGACAACAGAACUGGUGUCAUUUCUGAAGCAUGUAAGUUUGUAAAAGAUAUUGAAACGUUCAUGAAGAACAUAGAUUCCAUCAAAGGUUGCAGAAUAGAUGAAAACCACUUCGACUUAGAAAAAUAUAGCACGUUUUACUGCAAACAAGAUGUAAGAAUUUUAAGAGAAGGUUUUGUAAAGUUCCGCAAUGACUUAUUGAAAGAGUUUGAUUUAAACGUUUAUGACUACGUUAGUAUUUGUUCUAUUGCUAACAAAUUGUUUGAGAACAGAGUGUACUUCCCGAAUGGAAAUCUUUAUGACCUCUCAAAUAAACCAAGAGAAUUUAUUUCAAGAUGCAUUCAAGGUGGAAGAUGUAUGUUGUCAGAUAACAUUAAACAAAAGAGCAAAAAGAAACUCAUUGCUGACUUCGACGCUGUUUCAUUAUAUCCAUCAGCUAUAGCAAGACUUUAUACUUUAGAAGGAAUUCCAAAAGUAUUGAAGGAUGAGAUGUUAAGCACAGAGUAUCUCAUGAGACAUUUAUUCGAUGACGACCAAAAGGAACCCAUUGGUGAAAAGUUUAUGUCUGGCUUCUUUGUUCUCAUUAAGAUAAC